CCCUUGCUGAGAAGCAGAACUCCUCUUAGCAAACAGACGAGGCUGUUCAGGUGAUAAACCCGUGGAUUGUCUCAUUGAAGGAGGUAGUUUUUCUGCUUGUAUCAAAAUAUUGGAGAGCUUUGGGGAAUCCAGGAUGGCAAGGCAGAUGUGAAGUCACUCAUGGCGAAAUUUAACGCGGGUAACAGCUCCACAGAGGACGUUUCUGGUAACAAUCGACCCUUCAAAGUCCCAGGACAACCUAUCCAAACAGGAUUACAGUCAAGGAAAGCAGCACUUGAGAAAUUUGCAAGUCAAGGAAAUGCAACUUCUACUUCAGCACCCAGUACAUUUCACAAACCUCUUCAUCCUAAGCCUCCUCUGGGGGUCAAGCCGUCAACUGAUGAUAAAACAGAGAAGGAUCCAAAGCCUCCAUAUUUGAAACCAGUGGCACAAAGGUUUGGAGUUCAGCUUCAAGCAGCUAACAGAGAAAAUGAUGGAAAAGCUGGAUGCACUAAAUCACCCACAAAACCCAGUGACUUGGCAAAAGAAGAGCCAAAGCCUCUGUAUCCAAAACCUGCAGGGAACAAGUUUCUUAACUCUGCUCCUCAUGAGAAAGAAAAAAAUCCUCUGGGAACAAAACCAAAUCCAAAUUUUGCACCACAGGAGAAUGAGGUAAAACCAACAUUUUCAAAAGUAACUGGAGUUAAGGAAAAGUUCAUGUCUGCAACACAAGAAAAUGAGCCCAAACCUCCCUUCUCUAAACCACCUCUUGCACAGAAACCUUCUCUAAACCAGGAGGUCUCCCACAAUGAAGACACUUCUAAUAAAAAUGCUUUUCUGCAAAAAGGACUAUCAGGGCCUAGACCAAAUAUACACUCAUUUAAAGUAGCAAAGGAAAUGGAUGAAAAUAGUAACUCUGCUGCAGAAGCUGCAGGCAGUCAUUCUUCUAACAUGGCUCUGAAGCCCACUGGCCACUGGUCCAGCUCAUCUCAAGGCACUCCCAAAAACACGGAGGAAAAAACUGAAGAAAAAGGAAUGAGUGCUGCCAGGAACAUCUUUCUCAACAAAAUCAUCCAGGAAGAAUCAGGUUCUUCUCCUCCUAAGUUCCAUAAAAUGAAUACAGCACUUGCUGCAGGAAAGCCAUCAGGUGGAUUGCAAGAGAAAGAAGAUGGGGACAGGAACUCAGGAACACCCAAGAGGAAAGCCUUGCCCCCACUGUUCAAGCUGGGCCAGCCCCCGCAGAAGCCCAGCAGACCCCCCAGUGUGGACCUGGAAAGGUUCCAGAAGAACAGCCCAAAAGACAGCCCUAAAAAUGAAGGUUUGAAACAGAUAGCACCUCCCUCAGCAGCACUCUCCCCACCUGUACCUCCGCCACACUCUGCUACGCAGUUGCCACCUCCUCCACCAGUCUCUCACCCAUCCCUGCAGUCCCCAGCAGCUCCCAGCCUGCCUCCCAGAAACAUCAAGCCCAGCUCUGAAACAAUAAGUCCAGACAAUGAAGAAAAUUAUGACGACGUUGAAUUUGUUUCACAGGGUCAUGGAAAUACAGAGGGGGGCCAAGAAAGUGAUGGAGAGAUGUAUGAAGACAUAAAUGACAUCAGAUCAUCAAGGGGAAAAGAGAAGAAGCGGGACAAGGAAGAAAAGAAACGAAUGGACCAAGAGAAGAAAGAACAAAAAGAAAAAGAAAAGAAAGAGCAGGAACUAAGAAAGAAGUUCAAAUUAACAGGACCUAUCCAAGUCCUUCAUCAGGCACGAGUUUGUGUUGACCACAAGGGAGGGAAGAAUGAGCUGAGUGUCAAACAGGGUGAUGAGAUUGAAAUAAUCCGCCUCACAGACAACCCAGAAGGAAAGUGGCUGGGCAGGAUAAAAGGAUGUUAUGGAUAUAUUAAAACAACCAUGGUUGAGAUUGACUAUGAUUCUUUAAGAAGAAAGCAACAACCGUCUACCAGAGCUGCUGUGAAACAUUCAGAGAGUGACCAAGAAGUGUAUGAUGAUGUUGGAGAGCAGGAGAAUAUCAGCAGUGGUGGCCAAAGUGGAGCUGGACAGAUGUUCCCACUUCCUCCUUCGGAUCAAGAAAUUUAUGAUGGGAUUGAUGAUGAAGAUACUGUAACUAGGUCUGUAUCGCAGGAUGAAGAUAAGAAUGGUAUCUGGUCCUGGGGAAUCUUGAAGAGGCUAAAGGUCAAAGAUGACAAAAAGAAAAGUGUACGAGAAAAAACAACCAAAGUCAAUGGGGCAGAAGAUAAUGGAGAUUUGUUCAUGUCUCCUUCAAGAAAGCAGUUUGGAAAAGAUUGUGGAGACAAUGAUGUUUAUGAUGACGUAGAUUCUUCAGACUUCCCUCCUCCACCGCCUGAACUCAAUUCAUCAAAAUCAGCGAGCCUUGGAAAAUGUAAAUCAGAUGAAAAAGAUGCACAAAAGCUUAAAAAGAUGGAAAGAGAAGAGAAAGAGUUCAGAAAAAGGUUCAAAUUUGAAGGUGAAAUUAAAGUUCUUUACUCUACCACCACAAUCCGGGAUUUGCCCCAGAGAAGAUGGGGACCUAAAGACUUACAAGUUAAACCAGGGGAGUCUCUUGAAAUUAUAGAAAGUACAGAUGAUACCAAGGUCCUGUGCAGGAAUGAAGAAGGAAAAUAUGGCUAUGUUCAGAGAAGCAAUCUAGUUGAGAAUGAUGGAGAGAUUUACGAUGAUAUUGGUGAUGAUUGCAUCUAUGAUAAUGACUGAUGCAGAAUUCUACACAAGUAAGAGCUUCAUUGAAGAUCAAAAUCUAUUUUGGACUUCCUAACUGUGAAAGCAAGAGAAGUCACUAAAGCUGAUUGCAAAUUAAUUGGUUACACUCUUCUAAACAUACAAUUAGCCUUUUUUAGGAUUUCAGGGGUUUGUCAUCCCUUGCUUUGUAUGACUUUCAUGUUGCCAUUUAUCUGAGCAAUUAAAAUUCAGGGAGUAUGAGCUAAAGUUAAGGUUAUAAUUUUCCAUUUCCUUUUUACAUUUGUGACAGUUCAUGUAAAAAACAGUUCUUCAAUUAGCUAUACCCAGAGAGCCCAGUUAGGUCUAUACAGGGGACAGCAAACCCUUGGAACAGGUUUUACUCUGGCUCUGGUCUACUGAACACCAGCAACUGCCACUCUGGGGAGGAUAGCAUCCUGAAAAGAAAAGCUUCCUUUGGGGAUAACAUCCUGUUGUGAAAACAGGAAAUCAAAAGUGGGCAUCAGAGAAGACAAUUGCUGACCUGCCAUUCCAACUGCAAUGGUGUUAGCUACACUGACAUGUACAGCCAUGUACCAUUACUGAGGAAGUUUCUUUUUCUACAUUGUACUAAUGAUAGAAUAUUGUCUUCUAAAAUUCAUUUGACCAUUUUGUAAGUGCUUUUUAACUAAUAUUAAUAUUAAAAUAGUAACAAUGUUAUAUGUGUUACAUGGAGCACUCUGAGAUAUAAACCAUAGAAGAGUCUACUUUAUAGUAUCAUGUUGCUCAAAAUAUAUUCAAAACAUUUAGGUUAAGAUUUAAUUUCUGUUUAGUUUGAAGAUAUGUUGCUGUUGUCACUAUAGUAAUUUAGGCAUUAAAAUGGACCUAUAAACUGAUGAUAAAAUGGUUGGAAAUAGAUUAAAUACAUUAAAUACAUAUGCAUAUUUAUCAUACCAUUUUGAUAAUAUCUUUUUCUUCUAAGUACUAUAUUUCACACUAGACUUGGCUAAAUCAGAGUAUAGAAAUGAAACAUUUCCACGCUUAUCCAUUGUAGAAACAACAUUUAUUUCUAAACAUCAUUGGUGAUGCUGUUAUCUGCAUGAGCAAGUAGCAAAUCAAAGUAAAACGAAUGGAUGAAUCAUAAUAAUAAAUAUAAUUUUGCACUUAUAUAUCACAAUGCACCGGAAAUCAAAAGAUGUUCACAGUGAACUCACAAUAAAGAAGGUGCACAUGUGCAAAAAAUGGAAUAUGUAUUUGUAAUGUGUAAUGCUUUUGCUGUAGUGCAAGAUAGUCAAAAACCUGUAACAACCAAUCUGGCUGGAUCAGUGCAAGCAACGCCUCCUGACAAUCAAGUCUCCUAUAAUCCUUACGGGAAGUAAGGUACACUGUGCAAGCCAGUGCAAUGUAGCAAACUAGCAAGUUUAGCUUAUAAACAUAAAAAACUUUUGGCUCUGUUGAAGUCAGUGAGUUUUAGUCUUACCUUUAGCAGAGCUGAGAUUUUAUCUUACAAAAGUGCCUUUUAUUGAUGGUUCAAAAUACAGUAAAUCUCUAAGGAGGUAUAAUGCUAUGGGGAUAUCAAACAUAAAAUUAACUGUAGAGAUAAUAGCCUAUAAGCUAUUUUAUACUGUAUUUAAAAUCACUGAUAAUACACUGAAAAAGCUAUAUGCAAACUUGAGUUUCCUGUUCUAUAUUUGCUAUUCAACCAGCAUCCAGGGAUACAAAUACCGAUUUUAUGUGUAAGCACCAGCACCCAAAUUUAAAACAAGACCUUGUGAAGUACAAUUAAUGUGUCUGGCUCUUUGGCUAUGUCACUGCUGGUGGUUUAUUUUUCAGGGGCAUUCAAGAGGGUAUUUGCAUCAAAUUAGUGAUAUGCCAAAGAACUGAGAGGGAACACAGACAUUUAGAAAUACACAACCACGUGUCAGUUAACAAUAGGACAAAUAGUUUUGAAACACACAAUCACUUGUCAGGUCACAAUAGGAUAAAUAGUUUCACGCUUUACACAAUUAUCUCAAAAAGAGUUUGUGUUAAAUUCUAACAUAUAUGCCCAGUCUUGUUUUAGUUUUAACUGAUAGUAGAAUUUCAUGGUUUGCACUAAGACCAACAAAGGAAUUUUCCUUUUGAAUAUAGUUUAUCUUGUAUUAAAGGAUUUCAGUAGAACACAAACCUCUUCUGUCCCCCUUAAAAAGAAGUGAAUUUUAUUCUCUGUGAGAUUUUUCAGUCAUAUAUUUUUAAUAGCUUUUCCAUGUUCUUAGCCUUGAUGCGUGGUAGGUACUGUGUUUCCUUACUGAUUAUACUGACUGUAUUGGUUUUAUGAUACAUUAAAUCAUCAAAGGAAAUAAUCCUAAAAUACUUUAAGCUAAAAAUCUGUGCAUUGGUUGCACAGAUCAAAUAUAAUGUGAUUGUUACAGGGUGUUGAAAUGUAUUUAUAAGGUAUUACACACUGAAAAAUUACUGGUAUUGUGUAUUUUUUCAUUAUUUUACCAAUGUCAUUCACUGGAUGCAUUUUUUUUCUUUCUUCUGAAUAAAAGUGUGCUU